AUGGCAUUACGAGCACGCUCCACGGCGCUGUCUCGUCUCAGCCACGGGAACGCCCUUAGAAGCAUACUGCACAAACGGCGUUUGGCGACCUCUUCCGAUGCUCGACCAUACGACGUCGUCGUCGUCGGAGGCGGCCACGCCGGCGCAGAAGCAUGCGCCGCCGCUGCCCGCUCCGGCGCCCGCACUGCUUUGGUGACUCCCUCCCUCUCCAACAUCGGCGUCUGUUCCUGCAAUCCCAGUUUCGGCGGAAUCGGCAAGGGCACCAUGAUGCGCGAAAUCGACGCUUUGGAUGGCGUCGCCGGCCGCAUCAUCGAUAAAGCGGGUGUUAUGUUUAGAGUGCUGAAUCGAUCCAAAGGGCCAGCCGUUUGGGGACCCAGGGCACAGAUCGAUCGGGAUUUAUAUAAGAGGUAUAUGCAGGAGGAGUUGGUCGCUACGGAGAAUUUGAGUAUUCUCGAGGCCAAGGUGGAAGAUAUUGUUGUGUCGAGGGAUGAUACAGACCAGAAUGCGCAUGCAGCAGGGAAGAUUGUCGGGGUUAGAUUGGAUUCGGGGCAGGUGAUACCUACGACUCGGGUGGUUAUCACUACUGGCACAUUCCUCGGAGGAGAAAUUCACAUUGGUCUUGACGCAUACCCCUCAGGACGAAUGGGUGAAGCAGCGACACAUGGGUUGAGCACAUCGUUACGACAAGCGGGUUUCCAGCUGGGUCGGUUGAAGACAGGGACACCACCGCGGUUGGACAAAAAGUCGAUUGAUUUUUCAUCGCUUGAAGUUCAGCGCGGAGAUUCACCGCCAAACCCGUUUUCGUUUAUGAAUAAGACCACGCAAGUUAGUGACGAGGGUCAAUUGAGUUGCUGGAUGACGCAUACGAACGAAGUGACCCACGAUAUUAUACGAGCCAAUCUGGAUAAAUCGAUUCAUAUUCGUGAAACUGUCAGAGGGCCUCGGUAUUGUCCGUCGCUAGAGGCCAAGAUUAUCCGAUUCAAACACAAGAAAGAACAUCAAAUCUGGCUUGAGCCUGAGGGAUUUGCACCGAACGAAGUCAUCUACCCCAACGGAAUAUCAAUGACGGUGCCUGUGGAAGCACAGGAAGCCAUGUUGCGCACAAUUCGCGGCCUAGAGAACGUGCGCAUGCUCCAGCCUGCCUAUGGGGUAGAAUACGACUAUAUUGACCCGCGAAAUCUGAAACCGACACUCGAGACUAAACUCAUCGGUGGGUUGUAUCUGGCCGGCCAGAUCAACGGUACCACUGGAUACGAAGAGGCAGCUGGUCAGGGUAUUUUGGCUGGCGCCAAUGCCGGUCUCGCUGCACAAGGCAAGGCACCGAUGGUGCUGACCAGAGCAGACGGGUACAUUGGCAUCAUGGUCGACGAUCUGAUUACGAGAGGGGUCUCGGAGCCGUAUCGUAUGUUUACAUCUCGCAGCGAGUUUCGAAUUUCGAGUCGCUCUGAUAACGCUGAUCUCCGUCUUACGGCCAUGGGCCGAGAGGCAUCUGUUGUGUCAGACGAGCGAUGGAACCAAUUCUCAGAAACCAAAACACAAAUAGAUGAGCUUUCGCGAUUACUGGAAAACACACGAUACACAUCAAACCAAUGGUCGCGCAUGGGCUUCCAGACCAGGGUGGACACUUCAUACCGCAGCGGUCUCGACAUGCUCUGCGUUGAGGGCAUCAACAUCGACUCCCUCAUUCCUCACAUCGCCUCUCCCAACGGCGCCGCAUAUACAUCCGCCUCAUUCGACCCUGAGAUCAAGAAACGCGUAACCAUCGAAGCACAAUACGCGCCCUACAUCAAGCGACAAUCCUUGAUGGCUGAGAAAUUCAGACGAGAGGAACGAAUGCUUCUCCCGCCGAAUAUGGAUUAUUCGGCUGUCCAUGGGUUGAGCACAGAGGAACGACAAGCGCUUGAACGCGUGAGGCCGGAGAAUAUCGGUAUGUUGAGACGGAUUGAAGGGAUCACGCCGUCUGGUGCAGUCAGGAUUAUGAUGUAUCUUCGCAAGGGGCGUUUAUUGACUGCUUCGGAAGAUGAGGUCAGAGAGAUGGCUUCUGCAUAA